GCGGGAUUCUCGGAGCCCGGAGGAACGAAACGGAGAAGGGCGCUGAUCUCGCGCUCUUCCCUCCACGAUGCGGGAUGGGAUGAGGCGGCCUCAGCUGCUGAAGCGAUGGCGGCGGCGACGACGACAAGCCGGGUGAGGGACUGUAAACUGCAGCAGAGGCCUUGAGGAUUAUCUAUCGUCCUUCACUUUUGCCUUGAAACGCUGCUAAAAUGCACCAGAAACUCCUUAAGAGCGCUCAUUACAUUGAGCUGGGAAGCUACCAAUACUGGCCUGUCUUGGUGCCUCGAGGAAUCCGCCUGUAUACCUAUGAACAGAUUCCUGUAUUCCUUAAGGACAAUCCUUACAUCACAGAUGGCUACAGAGCAUAUCUGCCUUCCAGGCUGUGUCUGAAAAGCCUGUUCAUUUUGUCCAACGAGACGGUCAACAUCUGGAGUCACUUGCUGGGCUUCUGCCUCUUCUUCAUCUUGGGCAUCUAUGACAUGACUUCUGUGUUGCCUUCAGCGAGUGCCUCUAGAGAAGAUUUUGUCAUCUGCUCCAUUAGUCUCUUCUGCUUCCAGGUCUGUAUGCUUUGCUCGGUAGGGUAUCACCUUUUCUGUUGCCAUCGCUCGGAAAAAACCAGCCGACGGUGGAUGGCACUGGAUUACGCGGGGAUUUCCAUCGGUAUCCUAGGCUGCUACGUCUCUGGAGUCUUUUAUGCAUUUUAUUGCAAUAACUACUGGCGUCAGGUAUACUUGAUCACCGUGCUUGCAAUGAUCUUGGCUGUCUUCUUUGCUCAGAUCCACCCCAGUUACCUCACUCAGCAGUGGCACAGGCUGCGUUCCGUCAUAUUCUGCUCCGUCUCGGGCUAUGGAAUCAUUCCAACCAUCCACUGGAUUUGGCUCAACGGAGGCAUUGGGGCAUCUAUCGUGCAGGAGUUCGCGCCACGUGUGAUUGUGAUGUACUUCAUCGCUGCUAUAGCGUUCCUCUUCUAUAUUUCCAAAGUCCCAGAACGAUAUUUCCCUGGGCAGCUGAACUACCUCGGCUCCAGCCACCAAGUGUGGCACAUCCUCGCGGUGAUGAUGUUGUACUGGUGGCACCAAUCGACAGUGUACAUCAUGCAGUACAGACACAGCAAGCCGUGCCCUGACCUUAGCGCAUAGUAACACACUAAGGCUGUCUUCGCUACAGCGAUGACGCGGUUGAUGGCGAAUGUCUUCUUUCUGGCUGAGUUCAGCUGAGUUGCCGUGUUGAUCUUUUGGGAAUCCUUGUCCUGGGCUAGGGAUGAGACGUGAACAGGUAUUUGAGUGACUCCCCGAACCAGCUGCCAGUUAACUUUUUCUACAAGUUUAGGACAGAAGAAGACCUGCAGAUGUUGCCCUGCAUCGGCUAAGUGUGACUGGGCCCUAUAAAAAGACUGAUUUCUGUUCCUGCCGCUGAUCAAACGAGGCUUUAGCCUGGGAACUCUUUGGUAUGAUAAGCUGGAAAACUGAGGAUAGGUUUCUAAGAUGCGUGCACAUAAUGUUCCUUACAUGAAUUCCGACAUCAUGCCUUGGACAUGGAACUGGACAUUCCGACAUGGAACUGGAACAUCCAUGUCCUCCGUCGUCCUUUUUAAUACGUUUUGCGUCCUUGCACUGAUGUGGUCCUACUACUUAACUGCAGAUCGGAUGGAUUUUCACUGGAUUCUCCCCCUGCCCCCAUUUCCUUCAAAAGAGUCACCCGCCGUAGCUUCCCUUCAGCGGCACCCGAACAGGUCAAUCACAGCCAUCGAAAGAACGGGGCCUCCUCGCCAGUCUUUUUGGUUCCAAACAGUCCGUCAGGACAUUACAUCAUCAACGGAGGCCCCCGUUGGGUGACCCUAGAAACUGAAGCGUGCAAAGCCGGAGGGUUGGUCGAUGGAUACAAGAAAAAUGUUAAAUGCACAAAUGGCUUCUUUGCCAAGCGGCACUGGCUCCAAGGUUAUCUGUGGGAGGAUGUCACGUAUUGUCAGUCACAGAGCAGCCUCUUUCUGUCGUGGUCUUUUGCGUGUUGUCUUUUUGUGUUUAUUUAAGAAUGCCCGUGGUUCCUUGAGAGGUCUGCCAACGAGUGAGUGAGUUCCGUCAGCCCAGAAGAGCUCUGCAGUCGGCCUUUUGAAACUCCGGCUGUCGUAUCUUAGCAAAAGGACAUGGCCGAGGGUGAUCUUUUUCCCCCCAAAGGCAAAGGUAGCUGGAGGAGUGCUUAAAGCCCGUGCCUGCUUUCCCCUGCCUAUUUCUUCGUUCUCCAUACAGGAUCUGAGGAUGGGGGAACUAUACGGAAGGCUUAAGCGUACUGCAUCCGCCCUAGAUCUUCCUGUCUGAUGAUGGUCUGCCAAUGAGGAUAGGGUCUCCAAACCGGCCGCAGAACCCGUGAUUCUAGCCUCAGAGUGGUCCCAAGUUUGCUGUUCUGGAAAUCGGCCUUUUGUCGGCAAGUUGAGCAAAUGUUAAUGGAUAGACUACGGUAGUCCACUAGGCUAGCUCUGUCACAGCAUCACAGCUAUAGUAGUAAAGGGUUGUUUGAGGCCUACACCCUGAGGCCCCCAAGGGUGAAGCUGGUAACUGUCAAGUUGUGCUGCACUGCCUUCCAGUUAUCAGACUCCUUGGCUCGUCAGCCUGUGGCGCCAGUGUAUAAAAAGUGUGAAGGGGUAGAGGCGUGGGAAGAGCUGCUGCACAUGAAACGACUGAAGGGACCAGGGUUGUGUUUCUGUAAUUGCAGGUCUCUAUGCCUUCCCUCCCUCAUGUGAUCCCUUGUGGCGAUCAAAGCAUCGGCUCUUCUGAUGGGCGUGCAAGCCUGUCUAGACAAUGAUGCACCGAUUCACAUUGAAAGUUCUACGGGAGGGGAAGGGAGGGCGCGAGUCUGGCCCCCUCCCUCCAUGUCCUACUUCUCCCCCAGGCAAGGUCUAGACCAGUUCUCCGUUUUAUAACUCUUCUAAAUAAGAGCAAGGAACUCAGAACAGGAUUUUCAUUUGCUUCAGCGUCGCCCACAUUUGGUCAAAAGUGAGCAUGGCUGACUUUCACCAGAGACAAGCAGGACCCCCCUACCUAGUGCAGAUAACCGUCAUUGUUAGGAGUCGGCUUGUGCAGCACUUUGCCCUGCCGUGGAGAGAGUCAGCACGUGAAACAGUCACGUGCUUCCAUUAACUCUGCCUUUAAAAAAGCCGAGAGCCACUGUCUCCGGUUGCAACGCUGCUCCCUCACACCAGUGCGGUAAAAGCCGUGGGACUGUUGCUUGUGUGCGAGGGAUGGUGACUUCCCUCCUAAGUUUCAUUCCGGAAUACCAAACUGACUUCAUCUUGAGCAGAAACAAGGGUUUAUCUGGAAGUCUGUCGCACUGCAGUAGGUUAAGCUUCUCGGUGAAUGUCUUGAACACAGUCUACAUUUUAAUAAUUUUAAUAAGGUACGUGGUUGUACCUCAUUGGACGCUCUUAAUGCAGCACAGCACUAAGUGGCAAACCAGUCUUUGUCGAAGUGACUUUUUUGUGCAGGGGAAGUAACACACACACACACACCCAAAUACCAUCCAGCUGCCUUCAGGAGCAUCAUAGUGAGACAAACUGGCUGCAUCCUUAAGGAACAUCAUCUGUCUGUCGCUACGUGAAACAAAUGCCUUAUCUUUUGGUGCAGAGAGUGCGUUAGAUCACGACGCGCUCAGCACUAAGGCCAAAAAUCUUGCGCGUGGAUGUUGAAAGCGAAAUUGAUGGGUGUUGUGGAAGGGGGGGGGUCUUUAAAACAUUGCUUUUAGCACCACAGAGGGGGAAGCUUUUUUGGGGGGGGAAGAGAAAGCAACCUGUGAUUUCAUUUCAGACUUGGACAAAGGCCUUUUAAAAGAAAUCCCUGAAGAGUGGGAAUGUUUAACGAUUGAAAAAAGAAGCAACAGAAUUUACCCGUUUGCCAAGAAAGUUUGUGAUGGCUCCGGCCACUUUCAUACUGUCCAUGACACACACAAAAAACACCUUUGUAAAUUGCUGCUUGUGUGAGAGAGAACUUGUCUUCGUUUUAAUUUAUUUUAAAGGUGUUAUAAUAUAUAGAUGUUUCUAACAGAAUAGGUCUUUAGAGACACUGCGGCAACCUAAAUGCAAAAAUGACAGAACAGUGGCGUGAGUCUUGUCUCCUAAACCUCUAGCCCGUCCCAGGGAAGUGGUAUCAGCCAAGCAAAUGUGUAUCAAUAAUUGCUGCUGGAGCCUCAUUCUAGAUUAGACUCCAUAGACUUGUAUUCAGAUGGCCUCGCUUGCAGCCGAGGGUGGCUGUUUGACAAUCCCUAA